AUGAUAUCAUAUUUUAAGGUAGUAGUUUUUUUAAUAUUUUUCUUUCUAUUUCUAAAAAAGAAGGUAAUUUGUUCCAUUAAUGAGAGUAAAAAUGUGAAUGAAAAUUUAAAUGAAGAUAAAAAUCUCAAUGACAAUAUAUAUCAAUUAAAAUCUAUGAUUGGAAAUGAUGAACUACAUAAGAAUUUAACGAUACAAGAAAGACUUAUAUUAGAUUCGUUAGAAAAUGAUAUAUUAAAAUUCCCUCUAGUAAAACAUGAAACCGAAACAUAUUUGGAUAUAUCUAAAUUUAAAAAAAAAAGCAUAAAUGAUGCAGAUGAUGACAUGUAUAUCAUACCAACUAUACAAUCAAGUUUUUAUGAUAUUGCAAAAUAUGAACAUUUAUUAAAGGAACAAUUAAUAGAAUCUUAUACUGCAAAUAUUUCUGAUUUAAUUAAAAAAAAAUUACUUAUUGUAAGAACAUUAAAAACAAUAAAAUUAAUGCUUAUACCAUUAAAUUCUUAUAAACAAAAAAAUAAUUUAAAAACUGCACUAGAAGAAUUAAAUGAAGUAUUUAAGAAUAAUGUAGAUCAAUCAGAAAAAAAGCGUUUGUUGAAUAACCAUCGAGAGGCAUUUAAAAAUAUUUUAAAUGUUGUUGAUGAAAUUGAAAAAUCAAAAGAGAUUAUAAAUAAAGGUGAAACUUUAAUUCUUGGAGAUAGUAAGAUAGAUCUAAUGAGUACAAAUGACUUUUUUUUUACAACCAACACUAAUAUAAAAUUUAUGGAAGAAUUAGAUAAUAUAUCAAAACAAUAUGGAUUAGGUUUAAUUAAUCAGCUUGGUCCUCAUCUUAUAGCUCUGGGACAUUUUAUGAUAUUGAAAUUAGCACUUAAAUAUUAUAAUAUAUUCUUUGAAUUAAAAUCUGUCAAAUUUUUUAGUUGGCAACAAAUAUUGAACUUCAAUAUGUCAGAUAGGUAUAAAAUACUUGAUAUGAUGUGUGAUCAGGAUGCUGUAUAUUAUUCAGAAAAAAAACGUAGAAAAACGUAUAUGAAAGUUGAUAGAUCGAAUACAAGAAUGGAAUGUAAUAUACUAGAAUUUUUAAUUCAUUUUUUUAAUAAAUAUCAACUAGAAAUAAUUAAAAUUACGGAAGAUACGGAUUUCGACUUACAUGGUAUGAUGGAGCACAGACAUAUAAAAGAUCAAUUCUUUUCAUAUAUGUGUAAUGAUCCUAAAGAAUGUAUUAUAUAUCAUACCGAUAGAUUUAAAAAAGAAAAGGAUGAGGAAGAUACUUUUGAACAACAAGGCACUAGUCACAAUAUUAGUGCAUACAAUUUAUACUUAAAUUUUUACUAUUUUAUGAAACGUUAUAGUUCUUACGGAAUUAGAAAAACUACAUAUGUUCACUUAUUAAAUUUAACAGGACUUAUAAAUUACGAUAUUAGAGCUUAUGUAACAUCACUUUAUUUACCUGGAUAUUACAACAUUAUUGAAAUGUCAUUUACUGAGGAAACAGAACUUCCAACGCUAUUUAAUAAUUCUGUGGAAUGUAUUAAAAAGUGCUAUUUGGAUGAAAAAAAUGAAUAUACCUCAUUCAUAAAAAAUACUUCAAUAGAUAGUAAUUUUAUUAACGAAGUAUCAAAGUGUGAUUUGUGUAAAGGAGCAUUCUUAUUUGCUAAUUUAAAAUAUGAUAAUGUUCCUUCCAUGUUACAAAAGUUUUACAUAUAUGUAACUCGGGGUCUUAAACUCCAAAAAGUAACAUCAUUAGUUAGAACAUUAGACAUUUAUCAAGAUUACAGUAAUUUUUUAUCGCAUGAUGUUAAUUGGUAUACAUUCUUAUUUUUAUUUAGAAUUACAAGUUUUCAAGAAAUUUCACGAAAAAAUGUGGCUGAAUCUUUGUAUUUAAAUUUGAAAGAUGAAGAUUCAUUUCAUAGAAGUGUUACUACAAGUUAUUGGUUUCCUUCACACAUAAAGAAAUAUUAUACAUUAUAUGUUAGAAAACACCUGCCAAAUAAUUUAUUAGAUGAAUUAUUGAAACUAAUGCGAAAGAGUACAAUAGAGAAGAUGAAAAAAUCUAUCACAUUUUUAGUACAUGUUAAUUCAUUUUUACAAUUAGAUUUUUUUCAUAACCUUAAUGAAGCACCCUUUGGAUUACCCCGUGCACAUCCUUUAUCAUUAAUUCUUGAACAUAAAUUUAAAGAAUGGAUGGAUGGUUCUCCUGCAGGUUUUUAUUUUUCAAAUUAUCGAAAUCCAUAUAUAAGAAAAGAAUUACAUAAUCGAGUAUUAGAUCUGAAGUUCGAACCACCAAAAAUAAAUGAAUGGAAUAAAGUUUUAAAAGUAAUAAUUAAAUGUGCUUAUGAAAUGUAUUUUGAACAAAGGCAUGUUAAAAAUUUAUUUAAAUAUCAUAAUAUUUAUAAUAUAAAUAAUAAAAUAAUGCUAAUGAGAGAUACAUAUGAUAUGUUUAAUAGAAAGAAUUUUGAUGAUAUUUUAUUUUUUGCGGAUAUAGUUAAUAUUAGAAAAUAUUUAACAGCAACUCCUUUAGUUAAAAAGGGUAUGGAUAGAACAUUUUAUGUUGUGCAUAGUAUUUUAGGAAAUUCUGUAAAUUUUUAUAAAUAUGGUAUUAUAUAUGGAUUUAAAGUAAAUAAAGAAAUUUUGAAAGAAGUUGUAGAUGAGCUGUUUUCAAUUUAUAAUUUUAACACAGAUAUAUUUACCGAUACGUCUUUCUUACAAACAGUUUAUUUACUCUUUAGAAAAAUUGAAGACACUUACAAGACUCAAAGGAGAAACGAUAGAAUGAGUAUAAAUAACAUAUUUUUUAUGAAUGUUGCAAAUAAUUAUUCUAAGUUAAGUUUGGAACAAAGGGAAUUAGAAAUACACAACUCGAUGGCCUCAAGAUUUUAUUCAAAAACAAUGUUUUCUGCGUUUCAAAUGUUAUUUUCUACAAUGUUAAGUAAUGAAGCAAAUCAUCUUGAUAAGGUUUAUGGGAAAAGUGGUAAAAUAGGUAUAGCAACAAGUGUCUCUGCAUACCUUACUUUUGCAUAUGUAUAUAAUGGAAGUAUUAUGGAUAGUAUGACUAACAGUUUAUUACCACCGUAUGCUAAAAAACCAAUAACUCAAUUAAAAUAUGGAAAAACCUUUGUUUUUUCAAAUUAUUUUAUGUUAGCAUCAAAAAUGUACGAAAUGUUAAAUUAUAAAAAUUUAAGUCUUCUGUGUGAAUAUCAAGCUGUAGUCAGUGCAAAUUAUUACUCUUCCAAAAAGGUAGAUCAAUUCCUUGGUAGAAAAUUUUUUCCUAUUACUACAACUUUCCUGACAUGGAGAAUAGGUGAAACAGCUGGUUUUGAAGGUAUAAGUAGGCUUAAAUUUUUUGGUAAAUGGGAAAAUAAUGCACCAAUAUUUUUAUAUUUUCAUUUUUUUCUUAAUUUAUAUUUUGAUUCUGGAAAAUAUUUUCCUGGAGGUUUUUCGGCUUCUUUAAGAGAACAAUCAGAACACGUAUCCAAAAAGGGUUAUCCUCAAAAACCAUCGGUUCUUGGUUUUACACAGAACGUGAUAUUGCAGCUUACUAAUAUAAUCAUGUAUGCUCUUUGUUUUAUGGACCUUUCACAAAUGUAUGCUUAUUUCGAAAACGUGAAUUUUUAUAUUAUAAGUAAUUUUCGUUUCCUUGAGAGAUAUUUUAAUGUAUUCAAUAAAUACUUUAUAGAACUUUUCAGAAGAAAACUUAAAGAGUAUACAAGUGAUGUCCUUUUAAAAUACGAAUACGAAACUUAUAUAAAUAUAAGAAAACGUGGUUAUCUUGACGAGGCAAUAGAAGCCAGAAUUGCUGCUAAAAAUAAAAUAAAGGAAUAUUUUUAUGAUAAUGAUGAAAAUGUUAAGAAUAAUUUAAGAAGAUAUGCCAUGGAAAAUAUGCAUAAAAUUAAUAUGUCGACAUAUGUGGAUGACUAUAUUUUUUUUGAUGAUUGUGAUAAAAAUGAGGAAUUUCUAAAUGAUAGAUGUAAUAUGUGUCCUGUUUAUGAGGAAUCCGAUGAAGACAACCAGAAGGAUUUAUCGUCAAGUAGUAAGGCUAUAACAAGAAUAAAAUAUAGAACUACGAAAUUUAUUGAUUAUAAAAAAUUUCCUGAAGAAGCUUCAGGAGAAUUGUCGGAAGAAGAAAAUAGUGAUGAUGAUAUGAAUUUAACUGAUAAUGCAUUGAUGAUUACAAAUAUACCGCAAAAUGAAUAA